UCAAGUGCGCGUAUGUGCGUGUGAGUGUAGCAAAAAAAAGGAGAGUCCCGUAAAAACAAACCCUCUUCCGCGUCCGACUGUGGCAUGAAUUGGGGCUGACAGUGUUUGAAGGGACUUUGAUAUUUGGGGAAUCGACCCGCCGGAGUCGAGACCAACAUGACCGAUCUCGUGCAUCGGAUAUGGGCGCUCCUUGUCCUCGGAGGAAUGUUUGGCCCAGGAGUGCGACACGUCACUGGAAUAGACAUUUACACGCCGAAAGAGGUGGAAGCACUCAACGGGACGAAUGUGAAACUGAAGUGCACCUUUAGUUCCAGUCAUCCGGUGUCGGUUACCUCGGUGUCCGUGUCCUGGAACUUCCGCCCCCUAAGUUCAGGGAAGGAUGAGCCGGUGUUUUACUACCAGGACGUACCGUACCCUCCAACGGAAGGGCGCUUUAAAGGCCACGCCGUGUGGUCAGGAGAUAUUAUGAAACGGGAUGUUUCCAUCACUCUGCAUGAGGUGCCUCCGACCUUUAACGGCACCUACAUCUGCCAAGUGCGCAAUCCUCCAGAUGUGCAUGGCAGCAAUGGAGAGAUCAUCCUCAAAGUCGUGAACAAAGCUUCCUUCUCUGAGAUCGCCAUACUGGCAGCGGCAGGUGGAGCCGCCUGUGCUUUAAUCCUGGUCCUCCUCGGCAUCGCCGUAGCGGUGAAGUACUACAAGAGAAAGGGCAGGAGCCCGGACAUUGAGAUGCACCCGCCGGAGGAUAUGUGGAAGGACUCGACUGUGUGUUACCCCGAAGAGGCCGUUCGUCUGACAGUUAAGAAGAAAAAAGACUCAAAAUUCAGAUAAAAUCGAGUCUGAACCCAGCGAUGGAGUUCUGGAUUAAGAGGAAGGGGACGACGACAAUGAUGGUGACGAUGAUCGAAUGGACACAUUCACCGUUUUAACGUUCACCUUUUUGCUGUUCACGUAUGUGCUUUUCUGUGUGAUUUAUAAUACUUUUACAGGACUGAAUUAUAGUGUGUAUUUCUGCAUAUGUAUUAUUUUUUCACAAUAAUGACGAGUCAGACGAUGCGACUCGCCUGUCAGCAGCGCGGUCAGAGAUGCGGGUGUGUCAUGCCAUGUGAUACAACCACACUUCCAUAUUUUUCGGACCCACCGAGUUUGCCUCAGGCGACAUGUUAGUCAGACUUAAAUCCACUGGAUGGAUGAGUGUUUGCUGUCCAUAAACGUUGCUUCUUUGUGCUACCUUGACUACAGCUGCUGCUGGAAAGCUAUUGCCUUGGAUCAAUAUGUGUUUCAUGUCAAAUAAAUUCAACAUAGAUUGUUCAAGAGAAGAGCCAGUUUAUGGGCUCAUUGCUACAAACCCCCCGACUACGAUAGUGUUUGUUCAACUACAACGGUGCCAGAUGUUUCUCCUGUUUAUUUUUUUCUUAAUACAUAACUCAAGAGUACACUCAACUUUUUUUUUUAUGGAGAAGUUAUUUUUUUUCAGAAAGUCCAUCACAAUAUUUUUUUAGUGAUCAACAAAAGGCAGUGUUUACUGCACAAUUGUUUUUGUAUAUAGUUUCCGUAUAUAAUAUAUAUGUGUAAAGUAAGUUGGAAUUGUACAUUUUUUUUAAAUGACCUGCAAAGUUGUUGUAGGUAUAUAUAUAUUAUAUAUAUAUAUAUAUAUAUAUAUAUCUGUAUAACAACUCCGGAAUAAAGAACGUUUUUUAAAUAA